GACUCCCGUGACGCUUUUCGCGUGGGUGCCAUCUUGGGUUCGAAUUUCUGUGCCGCUCGAGGGAGGGGACGGAUUGUCGCGAAGAAAAGACACAUUUUGGACGACUUUCCUCGCCCAGUUUCGUCAGAAAACAUCAAGGUACGACCAGGGUUUGGAUUUUACCAGGUUAAGCCGGGAUAUCGGGAAAGGGGAAGCAGCGGAGAAGGAAGAAAAGCUGGAAGCGUCCGUCCACCAUUUUUGUUGACAGACGACAGGGCCUCAGUGCUCGACCGGCGAAGGGACAACAAAAACAGCCGCCGUCAAAACAUCGAAGUACGUCGUUUGCAAGGCUGUUUACAUCCUUCUGUCCGCCGUGGUUCUUUCCUGUGGGUCGACUCUGGAAAAUAUCGGCCAGGACCUGGUCUGACUGUGUUCAAGCUCUCGAGCUGAUUUUUUGGUGAGCAGGCGAUAGGAGUGGUUCAUACUAACUGAUCCCCAGUCCAGUCUAUCUAAACCAUAUUUUUCUGUGAACAGUACGGACCAUAAAUACAAUUUGAUAAUGGACCAGGACUACGAAAGGAGACUUUUAAGGCAACAGAACGGACAAAAUUGCUUUGCGUCACCAGUAAGCUCGCCAAUCAGCCCAAUGGCUGGAAGAGAAUCCCUUGGCACGAGUCCUGUGUCAUCUCCAAGUAAGGACAAGUAUGGCGACCGCUUUAUACCGAGUCGGGCAGGUGCCAACUGGGAGAUUGGCUUCAACAGUAUACAGGGCAUGUACGAGAAAACAUCGGGACAGGCACGCAAAGCCAGAGAAGCUAAUUCUGACAACGGAAAAGACGGCCUUGCAUACACUUGUCUACUAAAGAACGAACUCCUUGGAGCUGGCAUAGAAGACUUGAAAGAACAGACAGAAGACAGAAGAGGUGUCCUAAGUCCCACCACUCCAGAAAAAAGAAAUUUAUUCAGAUAUCAUCUGACAGCCAAACAGGCGAGUCCAGAGAACACAGACCACCUCUCUCCAUACUCCCUCUCUCCUGUGGGGAAAAAGUCACAGAAACUCCUGCGCUCACCCAGAAAACAGACACGCAAGAUUUCCAAAAUUCCUUUUAAGGUUCUUGAUGCUCCAGAACUUCAAGACGACUUCUACCUUAAUCUUGUUGACUGGUCAGCUACGAACAUCUUGAGUGUUGGGCUGGGGACUUGUGUAUACUUGUGGAGUGCGUGUACUAGUCAGGUGACAAGACUAUGUGACUUGUCGUGUGACGGAGAUUCUGUAACAUCUGUAAACUGGAACGAGAGAGGAAACCUGGUUGCGGUCGGCACCCACAAGGGUUAUGUCCAAGUCUGGGACGCCAUGGCGGGCAAGAGAAUCUCCAUGUUAGAGGGACACUCCGCCAGAGUUGGAGCUUUGGCUUGGAAUGCAGACAUCUUGUCUUCAGGUAGCAGAGAUCGGCUCAUCCUACAGAGGGACGUCAGAACGCCCAGUGUGGUGCCUGAGAGAAGACUGGCGGGUCACAGACAAGAGGUGUGCGGCCUGAAGUGGUCUCCAGAUCACCAGCACCUGGCUUCAGGCGGAAACGACAAUAAGUUAUUUGUAUGGAACUUGACCAGUGUCAACCCAGUCCAGCAGUACACAGAGCACCUAGCCGCGGUGAAGGCCAUCGCCUGGUCACCCCACCAGCACGGCCUCCUGGCGUCCGGCGGCGGUACUGCAGACCGCUGUAUCCGCUUCUGGAACACGCUGACGUGCCAACCGCUACAGUGUGUGGACACAGGGUCUCAGGUCUGCAACCUGGCCUGGUCCAAACAUGCCAACGAGCUGGUGAGCACCCACGGCUACUCCCAGAACCAGAUCCUGGUGUGGAAGUACCCAUCGUUGGUGCAGGUGGCCAAACUGACGGGUCACUCCUACCGCGUACUGUACCUCGCCAUGUCGCCCGACGGAGAGGCCAUAGUCACGGGGGCGGGGGACGAGACACUAAGAUUUUGGAAUGUCUUCAGUAAGACUAGAUCUAAUAAGGUCUGGAUACAUACGUCGGACGAGUGUUCCAGAUCAGCCACCAUGGAGACUUGCACAGCUCUUGUUCUGCUGGUGUUGUUGGGCGCGGCCCAGGGGCAGUCCAUCUACGAGGUGACCGGCGACUGGGGAGACCGGUUCCAGGCUAACGUCUACAUCCCGGUCGCCCAGGCCGUCAACGGCGGUUGGACCGCCACGCUCAAGUUCGACAAGGCGGUUGAUCUGGAGAUUUGGCUUGCUGAGGUGACGGAUAUCCGCGAGGGCGACACGGUGUUCGAUCUGAAGGACAUGGGCUGGAACGGCCACCUGCCUGCCGGGACGUUCGAGCUGUCCUUCAUCGCCAACACACAGGGAGCAGCGGCCAACCUGGUCGGGUUCUGGUUCAACGGGCAGGAGGUCACGUCUGGCGGUUCAGGUACAGGUACUGGUACUGGGACAACCCACCGCCCGUCUACCAGCCACACCCACCCCACCUCUCCCACCGCCGCUACACAGGGUUCCGCCACCACUGUGGGCGUCGUCCCUCCUGUGGUCGGUGCGUACGACUACGUGGACGCCCUGCACAAGUCCAUCCUGUUCUACGAGGCGCAGCGUGCCGGCAACCUGCCUGGCAACAACCGUAUCCCAUGGCGACGCUCCUGUUGCCAAGGCGACGGUCAGGACGUGGGGCUCGACCUGUCGGGAGGCUGGUUCGACGCUGGUGACCACUUGAAGCUGCACUUCCCGCUGGCCUACACCAUCACCGUGCUGUCCUGGGGCAUGAUCGAGUUCAAGCGGGCGUACGAAGCCGCCGGGGAGAUGGCCAACGCCCUGGACUCCAUCAAAUGGGUGACGGACUACCUCAUCAAGUGCCAUCCCAGCAAGUUCGAGUUCGUGGCGCAGGUUGGCGACACCGGUGCAGACCACGCGGUGUGGUGCCAGCCCCAGGCCAUGACCAUGCACCGGCCCGCCAAGAAAGUCACAGCCAACCAGCCUGGGUCGGAAGUCACCGCCGAGGCCGCCGCCGCCAUGGCUGCUGCUUCCAUCGUCUUCAGGGAAAACGGAGACGCCGGGUAUGCGGACACUCUGCUGCAGCACGCCCGGGAUCUGUAUGAGUUCGCCGACACCUACAGGGGAGACUAUCAGAACGUCAUCCACGACACGCCGUACCCCUCGUUUGGUGGCAUGAAUGACGAGCUGACCUGGGGAGCCGCCUGGAUGUACCGGGCGACCGGGGAGGCGGGGUACCUCACCAAGGCUGAGCAGUACUAUGACGAGUACGGCAUCAGCGGCGGCGGAUUCAGCUGGGACGAGAAACAGUCGGGAGCAAUGCUGGUUCUGUACAAGGCGACAAACAAGGAGAAGUACAAGAAUGACAUCUCAACAUACAUGAGUAGGAAGAUGCCAGGCGGCGGAGAUACCUACACACCCAAGGGCCUGCUGUGGCUGAACGAGUGGGGAUCCUGCAGGCAUUCCGCUAACCACGCGUUCCUGGCGCUGGUGGCGGCCAGUAUGGGCAUCAACACCGGGCAGUACCGGGAGUUUGCCGCUAACCAGAUCCACUACAUGCUGGGCGACUCCGGCCGCAGUCUGGUGGUCGGCUUCGGACAUAACUUCCCGGUCAGGCCUCAUCACAGGGCGUCUACCUGCCCUAUAGACGGCUGGUGUGACUGGAACACCUACAACAACUGGGACUUCAACGAGAACGUGCUGGACGGCGCCCUGGUGGGAGGGCCGGACGCCCAUGAUAACUACGUGGACGAUCGCAGCAACUUCCACACCAACGAGGUGGCCGUGGACUACAACGCCGGCUUCCAGGGCUGUCUGGCAGGUAGGUAGUCUGGUAACCAGACCGCCGUGA